AUGGACAGCCAGAAGCCGCCUGGUGAGGAUAAAGAUUCAGAACCGGCAGCUGAUGGACCUGCAGCCUCUGAGGAGUCAGGCACCACUGAGCCAGACCUUCCCAACCCACAUGUGGGGGAGGUCUCUGUGUCCAGUUCUGGAGGUCCUAGGCUUCAGGAGCCUUCCCAGGACUGCAGUGGGGGUCCGGUGCGGCGUUGUGCUCUUUGUAACUGCGGGGAGCCCAGUCUACAUGGGCAGCGGGAGCUACGGCGCUUUGAGUUGCCAUUUGACUGGCCUCAGUGUCCGGUGGCGUCCCCUGGGGGGAAUCCAGGGCCCAACGAGGCAGCGCUGCCCUGUGAGGACCUGUCACAGAUUGGUUUCCCUGAGGGCCUGACACCUGCCCACCUAGGAGAACCUGGCGGGUCCUGCUGGGCUCACCAUUGGUGUGCUGCGUGGUCGGCAGGCGUAUGGGGGCAGGAGGGCCCAGAACUAUGUGGUGUGGACAAGGCCAUCUUCUCAGGGAUCUCACAGCGCUGUUCCCACUGCACCAGGCGCGGUGCCUCCAUCCCUUGCCGCUCACCCGGAUGUCCACGGCUUUACCACUUCCCCUGUGCGACUGCCAGCGGUUCCUUCUUAUCCAUGAAAACACUGCAGCUGCUAUGCCCGGAGCACAGUGAGGGGGCUGCACAUCUGGAGGAGGCUCGUUGUGCAGUAUGUGAGGGACCAGGGGAAUUGUGUGACCUGUUCUUCUGUACCAGCUGUGGGCAUCACUAUCACGGGGCCUGCCUGGACACUGCUCUGACUGCCCGCAAACGUGCUGGCUGGCAGUGCCCUGAAUGCAAAGUGUGCCAAGCCUGCAGGAAACCUGGGAAUGACUCUAAGAUGUUGGUCUGUGAGACGUGUGACAAAGGAUACCACACCUUCUGCCUAAAACCACCAAUGGAGGAACUGCCUGCUCACUCUUGGAAGUGCAAGGCAUGCCGGGUAUGCCGGGCCUGUGGGGCAGGCUCAGCAGAGCUGAAUCCCAACUCUGAGUGGUUUGAGAAUUACUCGCUCUGUCACCGCUGUCACAAAGCCCAAGGAGGACAGCCUGUCAGUUCUGUGGCUGAGCAGCAUCCCCCUGUCUGUAGCAGGUUCUCACCCCCAGAGCCUGGUGAUACCCCCACUGAUGAGCCCGAAGCUCUGUACGUUGCAUGCCAAGGGCAGCCAAAGGGUGGGCACGUGACCUCUAUGCAACCCAAGGAACCGGGGCCCCUGCAAUGUGAAGCCAAACCACUAGGGAGAGCAGGGGCCCAACUUGAGCCCCAGUUGGAGGCCCCCCUAAAUGAGGAGAUGCCACUGCUGCCCCCACCUGAGGAGUCGCCCCUGUCCCCACCACCUGAGGAAUCGCCCACAUCCCCGCCGCCUGAGGCGUCGCGCCUGUCCCCACCACCUGAGGAAUCACCCCUCUCUCCACCGCCUGAGGAGUCUCCUCUGUCUCCUCCACCUGAGUCAUCACCCUUUUCUCCACUGGAGGAGUCACCGUUCUCUCCACCAGAGGAGUCCCCCCCAUCUCCCCCACUCGAGACACCCCUGUCUCCACCGCCUGAAGCAUCACCCCUCUCCCCACCAUUUGAAGAGUCUCCCCUGUCCCCCCCACCUGAGGAGUUGCCUACUUCCCCACCUCCUCCUCUCCAAAGCAUCUGCUUCUCCCCCCACCACCCAGAGGAGCUGUCACUCUGCCUGUCCCCCCGGCCUGAGGAGCCGCGCCUGUCCCCCCAGCCUAAGGAGCCGCCCCUGUCCCCCCGGCCUGAGGAGUUGCGCUUGUCCCCCCAGCCUGAGGAACCGCGCCUGUCCCCUCGACCUGAAGAGCCCCCUGAGGAGCCAGGCCUAUGCCCUGCACCUGAGGAAUUGCCCUUGUUCCUCCCACCUGGGGAGCCACCUUUAUCCCCCUUGCUUGGAGAGCCGGCCCUGUCUGAGCCUGGGGAACCACCUCUGUCCCCUCUACCUGAGGAGUUGCCGUUGUCCCCAUCCGGGGAGCCAUCCUUGUCACCUCAGCUGAUGCCACCAGAUCCUCUUCCUCCUCCACUCUCACCCAUUAUUACAGCUGUGGCCCCGCCAGCCCUGUCUCCUUUGGGGGAGUUAGAAUACCCCUUUGGUGCCAAAGGGGACAGUGAUCCUGAGUCGCCAUUGGCUGCCCCCAUCCUAGAGACACCCAUCAGCCCUCCACCAGAAGCUAACUGCACUGACCCUGAGCCUGUACCUCCUAUGAUCCUUCCCCCAUCUCCAGGCUCCCCAAUGGGACCAGCUUCUCCCAUCCUGAUGGAACCCCUUCCCCCUCAGUGUUCUCCACUCCUGCAGCAUUCCCUGCCUCCCCAAAACUCCCCUCCUUCCCAGUGCUCUCCUCCUGCUCUGCCACUGUCCAUUCCCUCCCCACUGAGUCCCAUGGAGAAGGCAGUGGAGGUCUCAGAUGAGGCUGAGCCACAUGAGAUGGAGACUGAGAAAGUCCCAGAACCUGAGUGCCCAGCCUUGGAACCCAGCCCUACUAGUCCUCUCCCCUCCCCCAUGGGUAACCUUUCCUGCCCUGCACCUAGUCCUGCCCCAGCUCUGGAUGACUUCUCCGGUCUGGGGGAAGAUACAGCCCCUCUGGAUGGGACUGACACUCCUGGUUCACAGCCAGAGGCUGGACAGACCCCUGGCAGUUUGGCUAGUGAACUUAAGGGAUCCCCUGUGCUCCUGGACCCCGAGGAGCUGGCCCCUGUGACCCCUAUGGAGGUCUAUGGCCCAGAAUGCAAGCAGGCAGGGCAGAGUUCACCCUGUGAAGAGCAAGAGGAGCCACGUGCACCAGUGGCCCCUACCCCACCCACUCUCAUCAAAUCCGACAUCGUUAAUGAGAUCUCCAAUCUGAGCCAGGGUGAUGCCAGUGCCAGUUUUCCUGGCUCUGAGCCCCUGCUAGGCUCUCCCGACCCCGAAGGGGGCGGCUCCUUGUCCAUGGAGCUGGGGGUAUCUACAGACGUUAGUCCAGCCCGAGAUGAGGGCUCCCUGCGACUCUGUACUGACUCGCUGCCAGAGACUGACGACUCGCUACUGUGUGAUGCUGGGACAGCUAUUGGCGGAGGCAAAGCUGAGGGGGACAAGGGGAGGCGGCGCAGCUCCCCAGCUCGUUCCCGCAUCAAACAGGGUCGCAGCAGUAGUUUCCCAGGAAGACGCCGGCCACGUGGAGGAGCACAUGGAGGACGCGGGAGAGGACGGGCCCGGCUAAAAUCAACUACUUCUUCCAUUGAGACUCUGGUAGUUGCUGAUAUCGAUAGCUCUCCCAGCAAAGAGGAAGAAGACGACGAUGACGACACCAUGCAAAAUACUGUGGUUCUCUUCUCCAACACAGACAAGUUUGUCCUAAUGCAGGACAUGUGUGUGGUAUGUGGCAGCUUUGGACGGGGAGCAGAGGGCCACCUCCUCGCCUGUUCCCAGUGUUCUCAGUGCUAUCACCCUUAUUGUGUCAACAGCAAGAUCACCAAGGUGAUGCUGCUAAAGGGCUGGCGUUGUGUGGAGUGCAUUGUGUGUGAGGUGUGCGGCCAGGCCUCGGACCCCUCACGCCUCCUGCUCUGUGAUGACUGUGACAUUAGCUACCACACAUACUGCCUGGACCCGCCACUGCUCACCGUGCCCAAGGGUGGCUGGAAGUGCAAAUGGUGUGUGUCUUGUAUGCAGUGUGGGGCUGCCUCUCCUGGCUUCCACUGUGAAUGGCAGAAUAGUUACACACACUGCGGGCCCUGUGCUAGCCUGGUGACCUGCCCUAUCUGUCAUGCCCCAUAUGUGGAAGAGGACCUCCUAAUCCAGUGCCGCCACUGUGAACGGUGGAUGCAUGCUGGCUGUGAGAGCCUCUUCACAGAGGAUGACGUGGAACAGGCGGCCGACGAGGGCUUUGACUGUGUCUCCUGCCAGCCUUAUGUGGUAAAGCCUGCUGCGCCUGUUGCUCCUCCAGAGUUGGUGCCUAUGAAGGUGAAAGAGCCAGAGCCUCAAUACUUUCGCUUUGAGGGUGUGUGGCUGACAGAAACUGGCAUGGCCGUGCUGCGUAACCUGACCAUGUCACCCCUGCACAAGCGGCGCCAGCGGCGAGGACGGCUUGGCCUCCCAGGGGAGGCAGGGCUAGAGGGUUCUGAGCCCUCAGAUGCCCUUGGCCCUGAUGACAAGAAGGAUGGGGACCUGGAUGCUGACGAGCUGCUCAAGGGUGAAGGUGGCGUGGAGCACAUGGAAUGUGAAAUGAAACUGGAGGGGCCUAUCAGCCCUGAUAUAGAGCCUGGCAGAGAGGAGACCGAGGAAAGCAAGAAACGCAAACGCAAACCCUAUCGGCCUGGCAUUGGUGGUUUCAUGGUGCGACAGCGGAAAUCCCACACACGUGUGAAAAAGGGGCCUGCUGCACAGGCGGAGGUGUUGAGUGGGGAUGGGCAGCCCGACGAGGUGAUGCCUGCAGACCUACCUGCAGAGGGCCCCGUGGACCAGAGCUUAGCUGAUGGGGAUGAGAAGAAGAAGCAGCAGCGGCGUGGGCGCAAGAAGAGCAAACUGGAAGACAUGUUUCCUGCUUAUCUGCAGGAAGCCUUCUUUGGGAAGGAGCUGCUGGACCUGAGCCGGAAGGCCCUUUUUGCCGUUGGGGUGGGCCGGCCCAGUUUUGGACUAGGAGCCCCAAAAGCCAAGGGGGAUAGUGGCUCAGAUAGGAAGGAGCUCCACACGUCACAGAAAGGAGAUGAUGCUCCAGAUAUUGCAGAUGAAGAAUCCCGUGGCCUGGAGGGCAAAGCAGAUACACCAGGACCUGAGGAUGGAGGCAUAAAGGCAUCCCCAGUGCCCAGUGACCCCGAGAAGCCAGGCACUCCGGGUGAAGGGAUGCUUAGCUCUGACUUAGAUAGGAUUCCCACUGAAGAACUGCCCAAGAUGGAAUCUAAAGACCUGCAGCAGCUCUUCAAGGAUGUUCUGGGUUCUGAACGAGAGCAGCACCUGGGUUGUGGAACCCCCGGCUCGGACGGCAGCCGUACACCGCUGCAGAGGCCCUUUCUUCAAGGUGGACUCCCUUUGGGCAAUCUCCCCUCCAGCAGCCCAAUGGACUCCUACCCGGGCCUCUGCCAGUCCCCAUUCCUGGAUUCUAGGGAGCGCGGGGGCUUCUUUAGCCCGGAACCCGGUGAGCCAGACAGCCCCUGGACAGGCUCAGGGGGCACCACGCCCUCCACCCCCACCACCCCCACCACGGAGGGAGAGGGCGACGGGCUCUCCUAUAACCAGCGGAGCCUUCAGCGUUGGGAGAAGGAUGAGGAGUUGGGCCAGCUCUCCACCAUCUCACCUGUGCUCUAUGCCAACAUUAACUUUCCCAAUCUCAAGCAAGAUUACCCAGCUCGGCCUCAACCCCCACCCCCUGAAAGCUGCUGUGCCCUGCCCCCUCGCUCAUUGCCCUCAGACCCUUUCUCCCGAGUACCUGCCAGUCCCCAGUCCCAGUCCAGCUCGCAGUCCCCAUUAACACCCCGUCCUUUGUCUGCCGAGGCUUUUUGCCCAUCCCCUGUUACCCCUCGCUUCCAGUCCCCUGACCCUUAUUCCCGUCCACCCUCACGUCCUCAGUCCCGUGACCCAUUUGCCCCCUUGCAUAAGCCACCCCGACCCCAGCCCCCUGAAGUUGCCUUCAAGGCUGGGCCUCUAGCCCACACUCCACUGGGGGCUGGGGGCUUCCCAGCAGCCCUGCCCUCGGGACCGGCAGGUGAGCUCCAUGCUAAGGUCCCAAGUGGGCAGCCCCCCAAUUUUGCCCGGUCCCCUGGGACGGGUGCAUUUGUGGGCACCCCCUCUCCCAUGCGUUUCACUUUCCCUCAGGCGGUAGGGGAGCCUUCCCUAAAGCCCCCUGUCCCUCAGCCUGGUCUCCCUCCACCCCAUGGGAUCAACAGCCAUUUUGGGCCUGGCCCUACUUUGGGCAAGCCUCAAAGCACAAACUACGCAGUAGCCACAGGGAACUUCCACCCAUCAGGCAGCCCCCUGGGAUCCAGCAGUGGGUCCACAGGAGAGGGCUUUGGGCUGUCCCCGCUACGCCCCCCAUCAGUCCUACCACCACCUGCACCGGAUGGAUCCCUCCCCUACCUGUCGCAUGGAGCCUCACAGCGGGCAGGCAUCACCUCUCCAGUCGAUAAGCGAGAAGACCCAGGGGCUGGAUUGGGUAGCUCUUUGGCGGCACCUGAACUUCCAGGUACCCAGGACCCAGGCAUGUCCAGCCUCAGCCAGACAGAACUGGAGAAGCAGCGGCAGCGCCAGCGACUACGGGAGCUCCUGAUUCGGCAGCAAAUCCAGCGCAAUACCCUGCGGCAAGAGAAGGAAACAGCUGCGGCAGCUGCAGGAGCAGUGGGGCCCCCGGGCAGCUGGGGUGCCGAGCCCAGCAGCCCUGCCUUUGAGCAGCUGAAUCGAGGCCAGACUCCCUUUGCUGGGACCCAGGACAAGAGUAGCCUUGUGGGGCUGCCCCCAAGCAAAUUGGGUGGCCCCAUCAUGGGGCCAGGGGCUUUCCCCAGCGAUGACCGACUCUCCCGGCCACCUCCACCAGCCACCCCUUCCUCUAUGGAUGUGAGCAGCCGGCAACUGGUGGGAGGCUCCCAAGCCUUCUAUCAGCGAGCACCCUAUCCUGGGUCCCUGCCCUUACAGCAGCAGCAGCAGCAGCAACAACUGUGGCAGCAGCAGCAGCAACAACAGCAGGCAACAGCAACCUCCAUGCGCCUUGCCAUGUCUACUCGCUUUCCAUCAACUCCUGGGCCUGAACUUGGCCGCCAAACCCUAGCUACCCCCUUGGCAGGAAUUCCCGCCCGCCUCCCUGGCCCUGGAGAGCCAGUGCCUGGUCCAGCUGGUCCUGCCCAGUUCAUUGAGUUGCGGCACAAUGUACAGAAAGGACUAGGACCUGGGGGGGCUCCGUUUCCUGGGCAGGGCCCCCCUCAGAGACCCCGUUUUUACCCAGUAAGUGAGGACUCCCACCGAAUGGCUCCUGAAGGGCUUCGAGGCCUGGCAGUAUCGGGCCUUCCCCCACAGAAACCCACAGCACCUCCGGCCCCUGAAUUGAACAGUAGUCUCCAUCCAGUGCCCCACACCAAAGGUCCCUCCCUGCCCACUGGCUUGGAGCUGGUCAGCCGGCCCACCUCAAGCACUGAGCUUGGCCGCCCUCCUCCUCUGGCCCUGGAAGCUGGGAAGUUACCCUGUGAGGAUCCUGAGCUGGACGAUGACUUUGAUGCCCACAAGGCCCUAGAGGAUGAUGAGGAGCUUGCUCACCUGGGCCUGGGUGUGGAUGUGGCCAAGGGAGAUGAUGAGCUGGGCACCUUGGAAAACCUGGAGACCAAUGACCCUCACCUGGAUGACCUGCUCAAUGGGGAUGAGUUUGAUCUGCUGGCCUAUACUGACCCUGAGCUGGAUACUGGGGACAAGAAGGACAUCUUCAAUGAGCACCUGAGGCUGGUAGAGUCGGCCAAUGAAAAGGCUGAGCGGGAGGCCCUGCUGCGGGGGGUGGAGCCAGGACCCAUGGGCCCUGAUGAGCGCCCUCUGCCUGCUGCUGAUGUCUCUGAGGCCCGUCUGGCGUCGGUGCUCCCUGAGGUGAAGCCCAAGGUAGAGGAAGGUGGGCGCCACCCUUCCCCUUGCCAGUUCGCCAUUACCACCCCCAAGGUAGAGCCAGCACCUGCCACCACUUCCCUAGGUCUAGGGCUGAAACCAGGACAGAGUGUGAUGGGCACCCGGGACACCCGGAUGGGCACAGGACCCUUUUCCGGCAGUGGGCACACAACUGAGAAGGGCCCCUUUGGGGCCACAGGAGGACCACCAGCUCACCUGCUGACACCCAGCCCGCUGAGUGGCCCAGGAGGGUCCUCCCUGCUGGAAAAGUUUGAGCUGGAGAGUGGGGCCCUGACCUUGCCCGGUGGACAUGCAGCAUCAGGGGAUGAGCUGGACAAGAUGGAGAGCUCGCUGGUAGCCAGUGAGUUACCCUUGCUCAUCGAAGACCUGUUGGAGCAUGAGAAGAAGGAGCUGCAGAAGAAGCAGCAGCUUUCGGCACAGCUGCAGCCUGCCCAGCAACAGCAGCAACAACAGCAGCAGCAGCAGCAGCAGCAGCAGCAUUCCCUGCUGGCCACACCAGGCCCUGCCCAGGCCAUGUCUUUGACACAUGAAGGCUCUUCUCCCAGUUUGGCUGGGCCCCAACAGCAGCUUGCCCUAGGACUUGGGGGUUCCCGACAGCCAGGCUUGGCCCAACCACUGAUGCCCACCCAGCCACCAGCACAUGCCCUCCAGCAGCGCCUGGCCCCAUCCAUGGCCAUGGUGUCCAGUCAAGGACAUAUGCUAAGUGGGCAGCACGGUGGGCAGGCAGGCUUGGUGCCCCAGCAGAGCCCACAGCCAGUGCUGGCACAGAAGCCCAUGGGUACCAUGCCACCUUCCAUGUGUAUGAAACCUCAGCAGCUGGCCAUGCAGCAGCAGCUGGCUAACAGCUUCUUCCCUGAUACAGAUCUGGACAAAUUUGCAGCAGAAGAUAUCAUUGAUCCCAUUGCAAAGGCCAAGAUGGUGGCUUUGAAAGGCAUCAAGAAAGUGAUGGCUCAGGGCAGCAUUGGAGUGGCACCUGGUAUGAACAGGCAGCAAGUAUCUCUGCUAGCCCAGAGGCUCUCAGGGGGGCCCGGCAGUGAUCUGCAGAACCACGUGGCAGCUGGGAGUGGCCAGGAGCGGAGUGCUGGUGACCCUUCCCAGCCUCGUCCCAAUCCACCCACCUUUGCCCAGGGAGUGAUCAAUGAGGCUGACCAGCGGCAGUAUGAGGAAUGGCUGUUUCAUACCCAGCAGCUCCUACAGAUGCAGCUGAAGGUGCUAGAGGAGCAGAUCGGUGUGCAUCGCAAGUCCCGGAAGGCUCUGUGUGCCAAACAGCGCACUGCCAAGAAGGCUGGCCGUGAGUUCCCAGAAGCUGAUGCUGAGAAGCUCAAGCUGGUUACAGAGCAGCAGAGCAAGAUCCAGAAACAGCUGGAUCAGGUCCGGAAGCAGCAGAAGGAGCACACCAACCUCAUGGCAGAAUAUCGGAAUAAGCAGCAGCAACAGCAGCAACAGCAGCAACAGCAACACUCAGCUGUGCUGGCCCUCAGCCCUUCCCAGAGUCCCCGGCUACUCACCAAGCUCCCCGGUCAGCUGAUCCCUGGCCAUGGGCUGCAGCCACCACAGGGGCCUCCGGGUGGGCAAGCUGCAGGUCUUCGCCUGCCCCCAGGGGGCAUGGCUCUCCCUGGGCAGCCUGGUGGCCCUUUCCUCAACACCUCCCUGGCCCAGCAGCAGCAACAGCAACAUUCUGGUGGGACUGGGGCCUUGGCUGGCCCCUCAGGGGGCUUUUUCCCUGGCAACCUUGCUCUUCGAGGCCUAGGACCUGAUUCGAGACUUUUACAGGAGAGGCAGCUACAGCUACAGCAGCAACGCAUGCAACUAGCCCAGAAAUUGCAGCAGCAGCAACAGCAACAGCACCUCCUAGGACAGGUGGCAAUCCAGCAGCAACAGCAGCAGAGCUUGGGGGUACAGGCAAACCAGGCUCUGGGUCCCAAGCCCCCGGGGCUUCUGCCUCCCAGUAGCCAUCAAGGCCUCUUGGUCCAGCAGCUGUCCCCGCAACCACCCCAGGGGCCCCAGGGCAUGCUGGGCCCUGCCCAGGUGGCAGUGUUACAGCAGCAGCAGCAGCAGCACCCUGGAGCUUUGGGGCCCCAGGGUCCUCACAGACAGGUACUUCUUACCCAGUCCCGGGUGCUGAGUUCCCCCCAGCUGGCACAGCAGGGUCAGGGCCUUAUGGGACACCGGCUGGUCACAGCCCAGCAGCAGCAGCAGCAACAGCACCAACAGCAGGGAUCCAUGGCAGGCCUUUCCCAUCUUCAGCAGGGCCUGAUGCCACACAGCGGGCAGCCCAAACUGAGUGCUCAGCCCAUGGCUUCCUUACAGCAGCAGCAGCUUCAGCAGCAGCAGCUACAGCAGCAACAACAGCAGCAGCAGCAGCUACAGCAGCAACAACAGCAGCAGCAACAGCAGCUACAGCAGCAGCAGCAGCAGCUACAACAGCAGCAGCUGCAGCAGCAGCAACAACUACAACAACAGCAACUACAGCAGCAGCAGCUACAGCAACAGCAGCAGCAACAGCAACAACAAUUGCAGCAGCAGCAACAGCAGCAGCAGCAGCAGCAGCAGCAACAGCAGCAGAUGGGCCUCUUGAACCAGAGUCGAACUUUAUUGUCUCCCCAGCAGCAGCAGCAGCAGCAGCAGCAGCAGCAGCAACAGCAGCAGCAGCAGCAGCAGCAGCAGCAGCAGCAGCAGCAGCAGGUGACCCUUGGCCCUGGCAUACCAGCCAAGCCUGUGCAACACUUUUCUAACCCCGGAACCCUGGGCCCAACUGUCCUCUUGACGGGCAAGGAACAAAGCAUUGUAGAGACAGCUCUUCCUCCAGAGGCCACUGAGGGGCCCUCCACACAUCAGGGAGGGCCGUUAGCAAUAGGGACUAUACCUGAGUCAGUGGCGACCGAACCUGGGGAGGUAAAGCCUUCGCUCUCCGGGGACUCACAGCUCCUGCUUGUCCAGCCCCAGGCCCAGCCUCAGCCCAACCCUGUGCAGCUGCAGCCACCUCUGAGGGUCCCAGGGCAACAGCAGCAGCAAGUUAACUUGCUCCACACAGGAGGUGUGGGAAGCCAUGGGCAAGCAGGCAGCGGAUCAUCUUCUGAGGCCUCAUCUAUGCCCCACCUGCUGGCCCAAUCCUCUGUUCCUUUAGGGGAGCAGCCUGGAACCAUGACCCAGAACCUUCUGGGUUCCCAACAGCCCCUUGGACUAGAGCGGCCAGUGCAGAAUAAUGCAGGGCCACAGCCUGCCAAAUCAGGACCUGUCCCCCAGGCUGGGCAGGGCCUGCCCGGGGCUGGCGUCAUGCCUACGGUGGGUCAGCUUCGAGCACAGCUCCAAGGAGUCCUGGCCAAAAACCCCCAGCUGCGGCACUUGAGUCCACAGCAGCAGCAGCAGCUACAGGCGCUCCUCAUGCAGCGGCAGCUGCAGCAGAGUCAGUCAGUGCGCCAUGCCCCACCCUACCAGGAGCCUGGGGCCCAGCCCUCUCCCCUCCAGGGCCUCCUAGGCCGCCAGCCUCAACUUGGGGGCUUCCCUGGAUCCCAGACUGGCCCCCUCCAGGAGCUAGGGGCAGGGCUUCGACCUCAGGGCCCACCCCGGCUCCCCACCCCACAAGGAGCCUUAUCCACAGGACCAGUCGUUGGCCCUGUCCAUCCCACACCUCCACCAUCCAGCCCCCAAGAGCCAAAGAGACCUUCCUCACAGCCCCCAGGAGCCAGCCCCCUGGUCCCAUCCCAGCUCCCCUCUGAGGCCCAGCUCACCCCCACCCAGCCAGGGACUCCAAAACCGCAGGGCCCAUCCUUGGAGCUGCCUCCUGGGAGGGUCUCACCUGCUGCUGCCCAGCUUGCAGAUACCUUCUUUGGCAAGGGGCUGGGACCUUGGGACCCCCCAGACAACCUAGUGGAAGCCCAGAAGCCAGAGCAGAGCAUUCAUCUGGAGCAGGUGAAUGGGCAGGCAGUGCCUGAGCCACCCCAUCUCAGCAUCAAGCAGGAGCCUCGGGAAGAGCCAUGUGCCCUGGGAGCCCAGGCGGUGAAGAGGGAGGCCAACGGGGAGCCAAUAGGGGCACCAGGUACCAGCAACCACCUCCUGCUGGCAGGCCCCCGCUCAGAGGCCGGGCAUCUGCUCUUGCAGAAGCUUCUACGGGCAAAGAAUGUGCAACUCAGCACUGGGCGGGGGCCCGAGGGGCUGCGAGCUGAGAUCAACGGGCACAUUGACAGCAAGCUGGCUGGGCUGGAGCAGAAACUACAGGGUACCCCCAGCAACAAGGAGGAUACAGCAGCAAGAAAGCCUUUGACACCAAAGCCCAAGCGGGUACAGAAGGCAAGCGACAGGUUGGUGAGCUCCCGAAAGAAGCUGCGGAAGGAGGACGGGGUCAGGGCCAGCGAGGCCUUGCUGAAACAGCUGAAACAGGAGCUGUCCCUGCUGCCCUUAACGGAGCCUACCAUCACCGCCAAUUUUAGCCUCUUUGCUCCCUUCGGCAGUGGCUGCCCGGUCAAUGGGCAAUGCCAGCUGAGGGGGGCCUUUGGAAGUGGGGCGCUGUCCACGGGCCCUGACUACUAUUCCCAGCUGCUUACCAAGAAUAACCUGAGUAACCCGCCGACACCACCCUCGUCGCUGCCCCCCACCCCACCCCCAUCGGUGCAGCAGAAGAUGGUGAAUGGCGUCACUCCAUCUGAAGAGCUGGGGGAGCACCCCAAGGAUGCUGCCUCUGCCCGGGAUACUGAAGGGACACUGAGGGAUACUUCAGAGGUGAAGAGUCUAGACCUGCUGGCUGCCUUGCCUACACCCCCUCACAAUCAGACUGAGGAUGUCAGGAUGGAGAGUGAUGAGGACAGCGAUUCUCCUGACAGCAUUGUGCCGGCUUCGUCCCCUGAGAGCAUCCUGGGGGAAGAGGCCCCUCGUUUCCCUCAGCUCGGCUCAGGCCGAUGGGAGCAGGAUGACCGGGCUCUCUCCCCUGUCAUCCCCAUCAUUCCUCGGGCCAGUAUCCCAGUCUUCCCAGAUACCAAACCUUAUGGGGCCCUGGACCUGGAGGCCCCUGGAAAGCUGCCUGCCACAACUUGGGAAAAGGGCAAAGGAAGUGAGGUGUCAGUCAUGCUGACGGUCUCUGCUGCUGCAGCCAAGAACCUGAAUGGUGUGAUGGUGGCGGUGGCAGAGCUGCUGAGCAUGAAGAUCCCCAACUCCUAUGAGGUGCUGUUCCCAGAGAGCCCUGCCCGGGCAGGCAUUGAACCUAAGAAGGGGGAAGCCGAGGGCCCUGGAGGGAAAGAAAAGGGUCUGGGAGGCAAGAGCCCAGAAGCUGGCCCUGAUUGGCUGAAACAGUUUGAUGCAGUGUUGCCUGGCUAUACCCUCAAGAGCCAGCUAGACAUCUUGAGCCUCCUGAAACAGGAGAGCCCCGCCCCAGAGCCACCCACCCAACACAGCUACACCUACAACGUCUCCAACCUGGAUGUGCGACAGCUCUCAGCCCCGCCUCCUGAAGAACCCUCCCCGCCCCCAUCCCCCUUGGCACCCUCUCCUGCCAGCCCCCCUGCUGAACCCCUGGCUGAACUCCCGGCUGAACCCUCAGCUGAGCCACCUGUCCCCUCGCCUCUGCCACUGGCCUCAUCCCCUGAAUCAGCCCGACCCAAGCCCCGAGCCCGGCCCCCUGAAGAAGGUGAAGAUUCCCGGCCCCCUCGCCUCAAGAAGUGGAAGGGGGUGCGUUGGAAGCGGCUGCGGCUGCUGCUGACCAUUCAGAAGGCCGGUGGACGGCAGGAGGAUGAGCGGGAAGUGGCGGAGUUUAUGGAACAGCUCGGCACAGCCCUGCGACCCGACAAGGUGCCUCGCGACAUGCGGCGCUGCUGCUUCUGUCACGAGGAGGGUGAUGGGGCCACUGAUGGACCUGCCCGCCUGCUGAACCUGGACCUGGACCUGUGGGUGCACCUCAACUGCGCUCUGUGGUCCACGGAGGUAUAUGAGACCCAGGGCGGGGCACUGAUGAACGUGGAGGUUGCCCUGCACCGAGGACUGCUCACCAAGUGCUCCCUGUGCCAGCGCACCGGUGCCACCAGCAGCUGCAAUCGAAUGCGUUGUCCCAACGUCUACCAUUUUGCCUGUGCCAUCCGCGCCAAGUGCAUGUUCUUCAAGGACAAGACCAUGCUGUGUCCAAUGCAUAAGAUCAAGGGACCCUGUGAGCAGGAGCUGAGCUCUUUUGCUGUCUUCCGGCGGGUCUACAUUGAGCGGGAUGAGGUGAAGCAAAUCGCCAGCAUCAUCCAGCGGGGAGAGCGGCUGCACAUGUUCCGUGUAGGGGGCCUUGUGUUCCAUGCCAUUGGACAGCUGCUCCCUCACCAAAUGGCCGACUUCCACAGUGCCACUGCCCUUUAUCCUGUGGGCUAUGAGGCCACACGCAUCUACUGGAGCCUCCGCACCAACAACCGCCGCUGCUGCUACCGCUGCUCCAUCGGCGAGAACAACGGAAGGCCCGAGUUCAUAAUCAAAGUCAUCGAGCAGGGCCUGGAGGACCUGGUCUUCACCGACGCCUCCCCCCAGGCUGUGUGGAAUCGCAUCAUUGAGCCUGUGGCUGCCAUGAGAAAAGAGGCCGACAUGCUGCGGCUCUUCCCUGAGUACCUGAAAGGCGAGGAGCUCUUUGGGCUGACGGUGCACGCCGUGCUGCGCAUAGCUGAAUCACUGCCUGGAGUGGAGAGCUGUCAAAACUAUUUAUUCCGCUAUGGACGCCACCCCCUGAUGGAGCUGCCACUCAUGAUCAAUCCCACUGGUUGUGCCCGAUCGGAGCCUAAAAUCCUCACACACUACAAACGGCCUCACACCCUGAACAGCACCAGCAUGUCCAAGGCGUAUCAGAGCACCUUCACAGGCGAGACCAACACCCCAUACAGCAAGCAGUUUGUGCACUCCAAGUCAUCACAGUACCGGCGUCUGCGCACUGAGUGGAAGAACAAUGUGUAUCUGGCUCGCUCCCGUAUCCAGGGCCUGGGGCUCUAUGCCGCCAAGGACCUAGAAAAGCACACGAUGGUCAUUGAGUAUAUUGGCACCAUCAUUCGCAACGAGGUGGCCAACCGGCGGGAGAAAAUCUAUGAGGAGCAGAAUCGAGGCAUCUACAUGUUCCGAAUAAACAAUGAACAUGUGAUUGAUGCUACGUUGACCGGAGGUCCUGCCAGGUACAUUAACCAUUCCUGUGCCCCUAACUGUGUGGCGGAAGUUGUGACGUUUGACAAGGAGGAUAAAAUCAUCAUCAUCUCCAGCCGGCGAAUCCCCAAAGGAGAGGAGCUGACCUAUGACUAUCAGUUUGACUUUGAGGACGAUCAGCACAAGAUCCCCUGCCACUGUGGAGCCUGGAAUUGUCGAAAAUGGAUGAACUAA